AUGCUUCUUCUUCUCCAUCGACGCGUCGCGUCACGCCGUGUCUCUACCUCCCUCUCUCACACCUCGUCGUGCUGCGCCUCUUCUGUCAACAUCUUCGUUGUCGCGCCGCACCUCCGCCUCCCUCGCAACGCCUCUGCCUCCCUCGCAGUGCCUCUGCCUUCAUCGUCGUGCCUCCUCUCUCACAUGGCAGCCACGAUUCUCCUCUCUUCACGUGAAGUGAAGAAAGAAGGGUUCUUUGGCUGGUUGAAGAUCAAAGAAUCAGCAAGAUUGGUGCAAGAAAGAAUGGCUGGAAUUGGAGGAAUACAGGGACCAUUACCUUUGUUUGAUGGCAAGCAAUUUGAUGAUUGGCGCAUCAAGAUGCAGAAGAUUUUCAACAAAAUCUCAAAUGCUGGUACUGCAAAGGAGAUUUUGGGUAUUCUUAUGAAGACUUAUGGUGAUGGAGACAGAAAUGCAAAGGUGAAACUACAAGCACUAAGGAGGCAGUUUGAAACUCUGAUCAUGGAGAAGAGUGAAACCAUCGUUGAGUACUUUGAUAAGGACCCUAACCCCAAAUUUGACUAUGUGGUGGCUGCCAUUGAAGAAACUCGAAGGAAGGAGGAUAUUGAUAUUGAGGAGCUGCUGCAUUCAUUAGAAGCCCAUGAGUUACGCCUCAAUGAACGCAAACAAUGUCAGGAGCAGGCCUUGCAAGCCAGAUCACAGUGGAAAGGGAAAAAAGGCUUCAAGAAAGGAGGUAAAGGAGGCAAGAAAGGGAAAGACUCUCAGGACCAACAAGGAGAAGAGUCCAGUGAGUCUGGAAAAGAGAAGAAAUCAAAGAAUACUGAUGGUGAAUGGAAGUUUGAUAAGAGAAAGGUGAAAUGUUACAACUGCCAGAAACUGGGACAUUAUGCCAAGGAGUGCUGGAAAGGUGAAAGAGCUACACAUGACUGGGAGAAAAGAUUGGUUUAUGAGAAUGCAGGGAGUAGAGCAUGGGAAGAUCAGAAGAAAUAUAUGAUGAAGAUGGAGAACAAUUGCCUCAGCAUCUUCAAUCAGAAUGGGAAGGUUGUUGUGCAGGCACAACUGUCACAGAACAAAACAUUCAAAGUGGUGAUGGAGGCAGUAAAUUGUCACUGUUUUACAGCAACAGAAAGUGAAGAGGAAUGGCUGUGGCAUCUCAGAUUUGGGCACCUGAAUUUCCAAGAUAUAUCAAUGCUAAGUCAGAAGAAAAUUGUGAUUGGCUUACCAAAGAAAUCUGUAGAGAAACUUGGAGUGGUGUAUUCAGAUGUGUGUGGCCCUAUGCAAGUAGAAACACCUGGUGGCAACAGGUAUUUUUUAAUAUUCAUAGAUGACUGGACCAGGAAAUGUUGGGUCUAUCUUUUGAAGAGGAAAGGGGAGGUGCUGCAACAAUUUCAGAAGUUCAAAAAGUUGGUUGAAAGACAGAGUGAAAAGAAGCUGAAAAUCUUGAGAACAGAUGGAGGAGGAGAGUAUAUCUCCAUUGAUUUCAAAGAGUAUUGUGAAAAAGAGGGAAUUACUCAUGAAGUCACUCCUCCUUACACGCCUCAACACAAUGGGGCAACAGAGAGGAAAAAUAGAACAAUCCUAAACAUGGUUAAGUGCAUGUUGAAGAGCAAGGGACUGCCUAGUUUCUCAUGGGGUGAGGCUGUGAUGACAACUACUUAUGUGUUGAAUUUGUCUCCCACAAAGAGACUGAAUGGAGUCACACCAGAGGAGGCUUGGACAGGAGUGAAGCCAGAUGUUAAACAUCUGAAGAUAUUUGGUUCCCUAUAUUACAAACAUGUUCCAGAACAGUUGAGAAAGAAGCUUGAUGACAGGGGAAUUCCAUUAAUUUUGAUAGGGUAUCAUGUUACAAGUGGGUACAAGCUAUAUGACCCUAUAAUAUGUGCAACUUCAUUUAGUAGAGAAGUGAAAGUUGAUGAAGCUAGAGAAUGGCAGUGGGAGUUAAAAAAGAAAGAAGGACCAACUAUUGAGUUGGAAAGUGAACCUGCAGUAGAAUCAGAGGCAUGCAGGAGGGAGGAGAGUGUUAGGAGGUCCUCUAGAGUCACUCAAUUGCCAACACAUCUGAGAGACUAUGACCUAGCCUAUGCUUCAACUAUCUCAUCAGAGGAAAAUUUUGUCCAUUUUGCAUUGAUUGUAGAAGCUGAACCAAAUGGAGACAGUGAGAUUAGUAGUUUCAGUGGCAAUGCAGAACAACUGGACCCUACAUCAAUUAGAUGUAAAGUCUGCCUUUCUGAAUGGAGACUUGAAGAAGAAGUUUAUGUUGUCCAGCCUCAAGGAUUUGAAGUCAAGAAGCAUCUUGACAAGGUGUACAGGUUAAAAAAGGCUCUAUAUGGCUCAAGCAAGCUCCAUGGGCCUGGAAUCAAAGAAUAG